UAUAUUUAAUAUUUAAUCGAGCAAUUCAAGUUUCUAUCGAGGCAAGACGUCAAGAGAUAAUUCGAUCGCAAUGCGUCGUCCAUUUACAUGAUCUUCGUUCACGCUACGAUCAGCUGCGAUCAAUGAUUUAAAAAAUAUCGGUUAAAAAACAUUAUCGGCCUGUCAGGCUAUUAAUCCCGCUGAUCCCAGUUUCAUUUUCGUAUUCGUCUUCGCUGCACCGGCUGCACGGGCAGCACCUCUGAUGCAAAGAGCCACGUGACCUUGGCAACGACCUCUCAAGUCUCAGCACUGCUCAGCACUCUCAGCUCGGCAUUCAACAUCGUCCGUCAUCUGGUCCUGUUUCACGACAUACGUUGAUUUUGUAGACGGGCCACUUGCGGGGAUCGUCAUCACGUCGCCAAGGCGAGCGGGCUCGUUUCAGAUACAUCUUGGACACAUCAAGGGCUCCGAAUCGGAUCGUGACACACUCGUCGACAGACAUGAUACGAACUACGUCGAGCCUACGUAACGGGCUGGCACGCGCAAUUGUCCGUGGUUCUGUGCAAUCCAGCAGCAGGACCACCGUCGUCCGGUGUCUUCACAGAAAACACCAACAGAGGCUGCAAUUUUACAACAUUCUGCAUCUUGUCUCAACACCAUCGCAGCAGCAGCUCAGGUUUUAUGUUGAUUAUCCCGAUCAUAUUAAAGUUCCACUUCCAGCAUUGUCUCCCACUAUGGAAACAGGAACAAUAAUAAGUUGGCAGAAAAAGGAGGGUGAUAAAUUAAACGAGGGUGACUUGCUAGCAGAGAUCGAAACGGACAAAGCUACCAUGGGGUUUGAAACUCCCGAAGAAGGUUAUCUAGCCAAGAUUUUAGUACCCGCAGGAACAAAGAAUGUAUCUAUAGGGAAACUGGUUUGCAUAAUUGUACAAGACGAAUCUAAUGUGGCUGCAUUUAAAGAUUUUAAAGACGACUCAGUGGCUGCACCUCCUACGCCAGCAGCGCCCGCGGUUUCUCCACCAUCGCCACCGCUUCCUACAGUGGCACCACCAACCUUACCGCCAGUUACUGCAAAAAUUCCUUCUGUCGCACCGCUUUCCGAAGAUAGGAUAUACGCUAGUCCAUUAGCAAGAAGAUUAGCAGCUGAAAGAGGACUCAGCUUACAGGGUCUAAAGGGAACGGGAUUAUAUGGUUCUGUAACGUCCAAAGAUUUGGAAGGUGCGACAGUACAACCAGCAGUAACCAUGGUUGACGCGCCAACUGGAGUAGAUAUUCCUGUAUCGAAUAUACGCGGGGUUAUUGCCAAACGUUUGUUAGAGAGCAAGCAAACGAUCCCACAUUAUUAUCUUUCGGUAGAUGUAAAGAUGGACGCUGCAUUAGCAAUGCGAGAACAGUUUAAUAAAUUAUUAGAGAAGGACAAGAUAAAAUUAAGCAUAAAUGAUAUUAUUAUCAAAGCAAUGGCAAUGGCUUGUAAAAAAGUACCAGAAGGCAACAGCGCCUGGUUAGGAAAUGUAAUUCGACAAUAUAACAACGUGGAUGUUAGUGUAGCAGUAAGCACAGACAGCGGUUUAAUCACUCCUAUAGUGUUUGGUGCUGACAUAAAAGGUAUAAUUCAAAUCAGUAAAGACGUGAAGGCACUGGCCGCGAAGGCGAGGGAAGGAAAAUUAAAACCGCAUGAGUUCCAAGGAGGAACAAUUACUGUGUCCAAUUUGGGCAUGUUUGGAAUUAAGAAUUUUUCUGCUAUAAUAAAUCCUCCACAGUCUAUCAUUCUUGCUGUAGGCACUACAGAGACUACACUGAUACCUGCCAAAAAUGAAAAAGGAUUUAUGACUGCCCAAUACAUGUCUGUAACUGCCAGCUGCGAUCAUCGUACCGUUGACGGUGCAGUAGGCGCACAAUGGUUAGCCGCCUUUAAGGAUUUGAUGGAAAAUCCAACAACGAUGCUUUUAUAAAAUGUUACUUCAGUUGGAAAUAUUAUCUACGUGCCAUUAAAACAAUAUUUAAUCCCAGGCGGUACGUUAUGAAUUUCGUCGCCGAGAUUAUUUUUAUUUGAUUCGACUUAAAAAUCUCGAUUUUAAAUUUUCCAGAAAAAUUACAAUAUACAAAACAUUGCGUUUUGUUCUUAAAUAUAUGGGGCUAUAAUGUUACAAUUAAAGUUAAAUAAUUUGGAUUUGUUGCUUCAUUUAAAUUAAAAAAUUCUUAACUUUGUUAUUGCCUAGACAAAACUAUCUCUAAAAGUGGUCAUGUGUACAUAUGUGUAUUUAUGAUAAUUAAUAAUUCAACUGCACUUGCGUUGCAGAAAAUAUGACUACAUUUUAGGGGAAGUGACGAUAAAAGUGUCCAAAAUGUUUAUAGUAAAUACAAUUUAAUGUAUAUCUAUAUUUAAUAAAUUACCUCUUACAACAUA